GAUGAUUUUCCCAUAUAAAAAAGUUAUUUAUGAUGGCGAUGACGAUCAAAACAAAUACAAAGUAAAAGUAAAAUAACACCAAAAUGGCAAGUAGAAUAUCAGCAACAGUUCGUGCAGUUAGUAGAAAAAGAUCAAUUCCUAGAAAAGCUGCCAUAGUCUUAACUCAAGCAGCUGUGAAUAAGGUGCGGACAUUACUUGAACAACGCCCUGACAUGGAAGCCUUGAGAAUUGGCUUAAAGACCAGAGGAUGCAAUGGUCUCUCAUACACGUUAGAUUAUACCAACGAAAAGAAAAAGUUUGAUGAAAUCGUUGAACAAGGUGGUGCCAAAAUAUACAUCGAUUCUAAAGCUCAACUAGGUAUUCUAGGAACUGAAUUGGAUUAUAUAGAAGAGAUUUUAUCAAGUGGAUUUGUUUUUAAUAAUCCCAAUAUUAAAGGUACAUGUGGUUGUGGUGAAAGCUUCAAUGUAUAGUACAUGGAUGAUCCUCAUGGUCAAGGGAGAAUAAAAGAACAUUUUAUUUGAAUUGGUCACUCAGUGCUGAUAACCUGUUCAUUAAAUCGAGCCACACUGUUUAUACACCAUUUCCAUUGCAAUCUGUACACUCCAUAGAUAUGCCGAAGCGAAUGGAGAAAGUUCUACCUGUUCCAAGCAUUUUCAUAUUAUACCGAGGAUGUCAAUGUAUCAAUAUUUUGAAAUUCAGCCUUUAGUCAUUGUACAUCAGUAGCCAUUAUAAUCUGCACUGUUGGGCAGUGUGCACAAGUUAACAUUGCAAUAGUUGAUAUAUCUUGGUUCAUGUUUGUUUCUACUAGUAUACUAUAGAGGCAGACUGCAUAAAGAUAAAGUGCAGAGACUAAUUUUAUAUACUCGCUAUACAAGUAAAUAACUUGACUGUUGAGGUAUCACACAGUACACUGUGAACAUUGCGACAGUCCUCUGUACGUAUUAUUGUGAAUGAUGAUGUAUGUAGAUUUCAGGAAUGUUUUAAGCUGUUAUUACUGUGCUAUAAAAAGAUUUGCCAUGCAUUCCAUGGCUUACUGUUAAUUAUAAUAAUGGUUUGAUUUAUGGUUGGACAUUGAAGUGGAAUUAAGAGGUUUACUAAUCAAAUAAUGGGAUUUUAUAGUAUUUCUUACGAUAUAUCAGGCUGCUAUCUGACACUUGGAAUAUGACUUGAAUUACUGGCUGGGUGGGGGAUGGAUGAUUGAGAGGGUUCAAAUACUGCAUGUUUGCUUUUGACAAGGAGUAGUAGCGUCCCAAUAUUAAGAAGAGCACAACAUUAUAAUGCAGAACACUAAGUUUUAAUGAAAGCAAAGCAAAUCAAUCUAGCUCAUUAAAGGUAUACUGCCUGCCAUUUAAAUCUAAUAAACUUGAAAAUAUACUUAUAUUAUUAUAAUUGCCAUGCAAUACAAACAACUACUCAUGCAAAAGAGUUUCAGGAAUGAGUUCCUUUAAUUGGAUUUGCAUUCUCACCGUAGCCUUAAUGGAUCAGUUAGCAGAAAGUCCCAGGUUCCAAUGCCUCUGUUUCAUUUUUCAAUCUCAAUAUUAGUUGAGAGUGAUAAUAUCAGAAUUUCAGGUUUUAUUUAUUUUUUGGGGAGGCAUUCACAAUAUUUUUGGUGACAGUAUAUUAGUAAUGACUUUGUUCUGUGUGUACUGUAUAUAAUUUAGAAAAUACUAUCCAGUAUUUAAUUAAUAAAAAGCAAUAUAUACGGGUUCUGUUUUGUUCAAAUCA